UUUCAGACAUGCUUCUGGGUGGUGCACGUGGUUAUGGAAAACAAGUAUCGUCCUUCAAAGAACAUGCUGACAGCCUACAGUUUCUUGCUUUUGAUACGGAAGCAUCACAUGAUAUACUCCGAGUUUGGGAUGGUCCCCCAGAAAAUGAGAUGCUCUUGAAGGAAAUCAGUGGCUCCCUUAUACCUGAAGGAAUCCAUAGCACCCUCAACAUAGUAACCAUCCAGUUUGACACGGAUUUUUACAUCAGCAAAUCUGGAUUUGCGAUUCAGUUUUCAA